UCCCUCAAAUAUUGUUUUACUGUGGCACCUAGAACAGUUUGUUUUACACGCCAAUACUAUUCCAUAUACAGUGAUUUGCAUUGGGGGUAUUUGGCCUUGGAACAUGUUUUAAAACACACGUGUUGCAAAUGUCACUUAAAUAUUUAUAUUGUUCAUGUUAAGGCAAUUAUUAGUUUUUUGACAUGUUCUUCUAUUACACGGGGGACUUUUAUUUUGAACAUCUCAGCUCGUCAUGUCUUCCCUCUGGGUGGGUGUUGUAGAAUUUGGAUUUACCUGUAGCCGCAGGUAAUAACCUACACGGGCAGACGAAGGAACAGAACACUGUGGAAUUUACCAAAAGAAGCAUAGUCUUCAGUGGAUAGGGUUGGUAGGUAGUUAUAUGUCUUGGAAUCGGCUGACUUUGUUGUGAAGAAAACACAGGUGGAGAGUUGAGAAACCGAUACACACAAACUCGACUCAAAGCAAGAACGUUUUCUAUACGGACUUCCGUAAUUUUAUCGGCGUCAAGAGUUGCCAAAAGUAACCCAAGCGAUUUAUGCGGUCCCGGGUGCUUUGAGCCAUGCCUGGCCACAGCACAGGGGCUCCUCAGAAGUCCCGCCACGACAAACAGCACAGGGGACACAGCACCAGGGCUGACGGCUACAAGCAGGGCCACACCAUCUCUAGAGACAGUACUGCCAGCCAAGAGCCCUACAAGGACCCCCAUGUCGACCACAAUACACAGGAACAGUAUAAUGGUGACCACACCCGUCACUCUGAGGGCCAGCAAGGCCGCGGGGGAACCCCCCCAACACGACGCGUCAGCGGGCGGGGGUCAGAGACACUGGGGUUCAUCCCUGGCUCAGCGGACUCACCCCAGAGCACAAAUGCAUGUGGCUCCUGUGCCUCUAUGGGCUGGAGUGGCUGCAAGGCUCUCCUCUGCUGUGUCCUCACCUGUGGCUUCUGUGGCAGCAGGGAUCUCUGUCUGCCUGUCAACAACGAGAGCUCCACAGACCACCCCGGCAAGGCUGACCCUGAGCAGCCCCACUCCCCCAACGGCGUGGCCGUGACCAACCCCACCUGCGGCAUCCCUCUGGAGCCCAGCAUCAAGCCUGCCAAGCAGCCCUCCAAGCUGCCUCCCAGUGACAGCUUCCGCUACAAGGACGUCCGCAUCGGGGGCCAGACGGUGGUCUAUCCCACGUCGUCGGGCCCCAAGCGGACGCGUACGGGCGGCAAGGGCGACAGCCAGCGUCCCGUCAGCAACACCAGCACCAUCUACUCCCGGGAGGACCUGGAUCUGGACGACCUGAGCGACAGCGGCACGGACAUUGACUCGCUCAUCACUAAGAAACUUCUAGAGCUCUACGCGCUGCACCAGAUCGACCAACUGGCCAAGUGCACGUCGGACUCGUCGUUCUCAAGGAAGACCAAUGAGAUCAGCGAGCUGAUCUGCAGCAUUGCUCAGGACUACAACCUGGAGCAGCGGGAGGCAGAGUGCAGGCUGGUGCACGGCGUCAUCCGCAUCAGCACGCGCAAAGGCAAGAGGAACAAAAACUCCAACUCCCAGGCCCAGGAGCCAGUGCACCAGCAGCCGCGAGCAAACGGGAGGAACAACCGAGGGACCCUCCUUCCUGACAGUGGCAAUGAAACAAUGACGUACACCUUUAACAGCAGUGAGAUGGAGCCUGAGGUGAAAGUGUCAGAGCUGACGCGGUCGGACGAACUAGCCAGGAAGAUGAGGCACUACAGUGGAAUAAAUGACUCCUCCAGCUCAGCUGCAGCCUACUCUCACUACCAGCAUGACACAGAGACUGACUCGUCAGGGGCCCCAUUGCUGCACGUCCUCUGAACAUCAUGACAAGGUCAACACAACGUCCAGGGCACAACAUUCUCACGGGCCUCAACCGAAGUGGGGCCAGCUGUUGUGUGAUGGUGGGAAAUGUUUGUUGAUCAGCCUAUUGUUCCUCCAACACUGUCAUGCUUCCCUGGAACUGUAGUAGAAGGCCAUCAAUAGAGACGGAGAGAAUCUUAAGUGUGGGACUAUUGAAGCCAUCUCUUCACUCUGGUGUGGAAUCAGCAUGUCCUUCCAAACCAUGGAACCGUGGGUGAGGCCUGCUUGCAAUGGGGAAGGGAGAGAUGGUGGCACCACUCUAUGGGUGCACAAUUGGCACAUAUCUGAACAUCCGAAAAACAACGGGAUUUUUAAAAUAUUUUUUUUAACGGGAAAACUAUGGACUUUUUUUGUAUUUGCAUACUAUGUUGUAAGUUGUUUUUAUACCAGUUAUGUUGUUGCCUUGCCACUCCAAGCAGAGACACUAAAAUCACUCCAUGCCAUUUUAACUCCGUUCUCAGUAAAGUGACUGAUCCUAAUGCAUAACCGUCCCUGUUUAAGUGUGCAUGUGACAGUGCGUUAGGGCAAAUUGACACCCUACCAUUUGGACCCAGUAGCAGGUUUAGCUUCAUACUUUACUUUCAGUGUCAAAGGAGUUACUUUGUACAAAACGUCUUAUUUUUUUCUAAGUUAAUGUUGCUUCGUGGUUUGUGUAAGCAUCUCCUUUGAAAAUGUAAAUGGGGCAUUUGGUCACUUUUUAAACAAAAACAAAAAAAAGUCAAUCUAUAGGUACAUUUUUUAUAAAAAUAAAAAAAGGAAUGAAUCUGCUUGCCUGUUUAUGCCAACUUGCUACUGUUUAAUUCAACUUUUUAUCUAAUAUAUGAUAACUAUAUUAACUUAAAUCUAAUAGAGUAUGCUUAUUGUUUCGGUAUGUACAUUGGAUUGCAUCCUAACUUGAGAUCGAGCU